AUGAGCGCAGACGAGAUUGAGCGCGACGACGCCUUAAAAUUCAAUUUUCUGUUCAGGGCCUAUCGACAGCGGGGCGAGAUAGUAAACCGCGCAGUCCAAGAUUCCGAGGAGCUACGCGCGCAAUAUGCGAAAUAUCCCCUCCUUUCGCCCAGCCGGAUUGGAGACCAUGCGCUGGUUGGGGAACAGGAUCCCGCUACUCAGCGGCGAUACCAGGAUUUCACGAACUGGUUUGGGGGCGACGCACCGCAUCUAUACCGAUUGCAAAAGCAGCUAGGGGUUGGGGGUAACGGCAUAGCAGUGCAUUACAAAUACUUCGGCCGCCAGCUCACGAAUCCGCAAGGGUUCACCAUCCCCGACUUUGCGGGUCAAGAUAUCGUGGUCAAGUUCCCGUUGGCGGGUUGGUCGGACGAGAACGUUUUUGAAGAGACAAGACUGCUCAAGAUCGAACCAGCGGAUAUUGGCAAAACUGUGAUGGGAUACUUCCCAGAACAGCCCUCAGACGAUUCUAGCGCGGCUGAGGCCUCGAGCGGAGACGAGAGCGACACGUCUGCCAGGCGUCAAAUUCGCCAGAAUCGCCUUCGGCCUCGAUCACAACGAACCGUGCGUGAGCUAAAAUCAAAGCGGAGGAAGCGGCGCGCGCAUGUUAGGGCCAUGCUGCGAGAAAGAGUCUUUUACCCCCAGCCGGAUGACCGGCGCGAAUUCGUGGUUUUGGAGUACCUCGAGAACGGAAACAUAGAUCAGCUUAUCGCCAAACUGGUGGAGGACACGGAAAAUGGCGGCCGGAUUCCAAAUCGUGUGUUGUGGGCGUUCUGGCUCUGUCUCGUGAGAGGGUGCGUCGCCAUGGAGUAUCCCCCAAGGAAGUUCCAUCCCAUGCGAAAGAGGCCGGAAACACCGCCCCGCGGUUCUAUACCGCUCAAUUCUCGCGAAAUGGAGGCGGUGAGGGACUCAUUACGCAGUGCUCGGAUACGUGUGCAUGAUGCCGGAGAGCUUGAGGCCAAGCGGGAACGAUACCGCCAACAGGCCGGCGACUUGAUCGAGACGGUGCCGGCAGAACCCAACGCCCAGAGACGGCAGAAUCUGGUUCAUUUUGAUAUCGACCCGCAAAAUAUUCUCGUCGACGGCCUCGAGCUAGAUGCUGCUGGGCUUCGCGAAUGGUAUUCUGCGAGGAGCCGGGCCGAGAGAAACCUUCCUCGACACAGCCCCCCUUCGAGAGACGUCAACCACACUCACCCUAGACCUGAUAGGGCUCAACACGAACAUCAUGUUGUUCCGAGACUCAAACUGGCCGAUUUCGGGCUCGCAGACGUCGUGAAACGCCCCUUUGCCAUUAUCGGCACCGCAGCUCACCUCACCGUGCUCAAAGCGUAUACUAUCGAAACCGGCGAUGGAGGGGAACAAUUCAGCAUGGAAUGGGAUUUCCAUCCUCUAAAUCCGGGCGGAAGUGAACUCGCUGAUUCAGACGUGGCUGGCAACUAUGGCCCAUGGACCAACAUUUGGCAGAUAGCAUUGGUGAUGUGGAGCCUGAUCACGAAGAUGCGCGCUCCGACACCGCCACAGCCGCAGGUACCGGCGGACCUGCUGCCGCUUAUAGGGCCGGCGAUAGAGGACAAGCACCAGACGGCAAAUUUCAUGGGGAAAAAAGAGUACGCGAUGCGCCCUAUCUCCUACUGCCCGUUGCUGUGCGAUCCGCGCACCACCGAGUAUGACUGGGUCGACGAGCCGCUGCGCCGCUGUCUUUACGCGUGCAUGUACCACCGCCCGGCCGACCGGCCGACGCUCGAGCAGCUGCUCGACGAGGCCACGCACAACGCCGCGCGCGAGUUUGACGGCCCCGGCGAGGACGACGCCGCUGUCAGGGACUGGGUCUACAAGUGGUUUUAUAGCCCCCCGCCAUACGGAAACGCGGAUCAUACGACCGGCCCCGGGGGGGGAGGGAAGGCGACAGGCAAGGCCGCGGCGAAGGCGACAGGCAAGGCCGCGGCGGAGGCGACAGGCAAGGCCACGGCGAAGGCCGAAAGCAAGACUGGAGGCGAGAUUCAAGGUGAUGGCGGCGGCGGCGCAACCGCCGCUUACGUCGACGCCGCCGCUCUCUGGGACAGCAUGUUCCCUCACGGCUGGCAAACCGUGGAGAAUUACGUCAGCUACGGCCGGUGCGGCUCGGAGGCGAUUCGCGACAGCAUGCGAGCUCUAUUCGGGGAUUUCAUCGACGUCGGAGGCGAACCCGUGCCGAUCCCUGAGAAUGCCUUGCUAGUAGGGAUAUUCCACGACCUAGUCGAUGCCGGUCUUCUCGCCACAACCGGGCGACGUCCGGGCCCCAGCUAUGGGGCCACGUCGGACGACGAGCUCGUCGAGGUUCUGACCGACUGGGCGGUCAACGCUGGCCUUGAACUCCAGCUGGGGAUUAUGGGCGGGGACGCCGUGCCGUACUUGAUGCCGACUCCCUUCGCCAACCCUCAUGUCAUCUGGAUCAGGCACUAUGGGAAUCAUUGGGCGGGCGUGAGGGGCCUUGACGGCUGA